AUGAAGUCUUCCUACUCUUCCUUCAGGUCAGUAUCAACGCGGCCUGCCGAAUCCUUCAACAUCUCAACACAGUUCCCUCCAGGUCAAAGCCAUGCUGGUCUACCCAUGGUUUGUUAUGUUGGCAAAACCCAGCUGGCGUCAGUCCGAAACAACUCAUUUCGCCUCGCAUGUGGCCCGGGGAGAUCAUGGAACGAGCCCGUGUUUCGUCUCCAGCAACUCAGGGCUCGCAUGCUCGUGCCUUCAAAUUUGGAUCACGAUGCACACUUCGUGGGCAUAUUUUUAGGGAUGGCGCAGAAGCAUUUUUACCCUUCCCCACUUAUCAAUGGCAGACGCGACUCACGAAUAUCCCCAGAGCAAGGCAUUCCGCCAUGCCCUAACUUUCACGACCUCAAAUUGAGGAUCCUCACCCACGAUACAGACACAUUGGAGUUUAUUGUCUACACUGGAUACGUAACAAAGGAAUUUUUGGAAAAGUUCCAUGAUCCGUUCAAAGCCCCGCUCGAUGAUGACGAUGCUGCCGUUUCAGGCCUCAAGAUCGAAUACACAAGGGUUCCUAUUUGGCCGAUUCUAGGGCUACGAGAGAGACUUGGCAAAGCUUUAGGCCAGGAGGUUGUUGGUGCUUUUAAUCCAGGCGAUAUAGAAACGUGGGAGAAAGAGCCCGAGUAA